AUGGAUGCAUGUGGCUGGAAAGAAAUGGAGGUCGCUCUGGUGGAUUUCGAUAACUCAGACGAAAUCCAGGAACGGCCAGGCUACGCCGCAGAUUUGAACCCCACCAGCCUGAAAGGCCGGCCUGGGAGCAGCCCCUUCCCCAGCUGGAGGGUCCUCAUCAGUGACAGCACUGGCCACGAGACAGCCUUCUGCAAGCUCCCAGGCGACCUGCCCGACCCCGCCGAGCCCGAGCCGGCAGCCCUGAACGAAGGAAACCAGCGGGUGAUCAUCAACAUCGCUGGGCUGAGGUUCGAGACCCAGCUCCGAACCCUCCAUAAGUUCCCAGAGACCCUGCUGGGAGACCGGGAGAAAAGGAUGCAGUAUUUUGACUCCAUGAGGAACGAGUAUUUCUUUGACAGGAACAGGCCCAGUUUUGACGGAAUCCUAUAUUAUUACCAAUCUGGUGGGAAAAUCCGGCGUCCGGCCAACGUCCCUAUAGACGUCUUCGCCGAUGAGAUCACCUUCUACGAGCUGGGCAGCGAGGCCAUGAGCGAGUUCCGGGAUGACGAAGGCUUCAUCAAAGACCCCGAGACGCCGCUGCCCAGCAAUGACUUCCACCGGCAGUUCUGGCUCCUCUUUGAGUACCCCGAGAGCUCCAGCGCCGCCCGUGGCGUGGCCACGGUCUCCGUGCUGGUGGUCAUCAUCUCCAUCACCAUCUUCUGCCUGGAGACCCUGCCCGAGUUCCGAGAGGACCGGGAGCUGAAGGUGGUGCGGGAGCCCAGCCGCAAUGCCAGCAAGGCCGCCCUCUCGCACUCUGUGUUCACCGACCCCUUCUUCAUGGUGGAGUCCGUCUGCAUCGUGUGGUUCACCUUCGAACUGGCGCUGCGGUUCGUGGUCUGCCCCAGCAAGACGGGCUUCUUCAGGAACAUCAUGAACCUCAUCGAUAUCAUCUCCAUCAUCCCCUACUUUGCGACUGUCAUCACCGAGCUGGUCCAGGAGACGGAACCGACGGCCCAGCAGAACAUGUCCCUGGCCAUCCUGAGGGUCAUCCGGCUGGUGCGUGUCUUCCGCAUCUUCAAGCUCUCCCGCCACUCCAAGGGGCUGCAGGUCCUGGGGCAGACGCUGAAGGCGUCCAUGCAGGAGCUGGGGCUGCUCAUCUUCUUCCUCUUCAUCGGGGUCAUCCUCUUCUCCAGCGCCGUCUACUUUGCCGAGGUGGACGAGCCAGAGUCCCAUUUCUCAAGCAUCCCUGAUGGCUUCUGGUGGGCAGUGGUCACCAUGACGACAGUGGGCUAUGGCGACAUGUGCCCCACCACUGCAGGAGGCAAGAUAGUGGGCAUUCUGUGUGCCAUCGCAGGGGUCCUGACCAUUUCCCUCCCCGUGCCCGUCAUUGUCUCCAACUUCAACUACUUCUACCACCGGGAGACGGCAAACGAGGAGAGGCACAGCAUCCCGAGAGAAAUCAACAAAAUCCUGCACAGCAGGGAUUCACAAAUGGGCAGCACGGACUCUCUCGGUAAGACCAACGGUGGCUGCUCUGCGGAGAAGUCUAGGAAGUGA